AUGACGCCGUGGACAGUCCUCCUGCUCCUCCUCCUCGCCGACCCUGCCCGGAGCGAUGGCAUCGGCAUGAUCGGCAUCGGCAAGACGCUCUAUCACCCGACCUGCGCCUUUGCCUGCCGCAACGUCGUCCGCAACUGCCCGCUGAGCUGCACCCCCGCGCCCGAGGACGACGACGCGGCGGUGAACCACGGCACUGUCCACAACCCCGUCGUCACGCCGCCCUCCUGCUUCGUCAGCGACCCGGCCUUCCUCAAGACCGUGGCGCUGUGCAUCGACAAUUACUGCCCACACAGCAGGGGUGGCCAGGCGCCGCCGUCGCCUGAGGUCAUUGCGGACUACUGGGCGGGCCAUCUCGGCACGGGCACGCUGGGCACGCCCAAGUGGGUGCCGGCAAUGUCGUUCGAGGAUGCGCUGCGGGCAGCGCGGAGGGAUGAGGCUACUGCUGCUGCUGCUGUGGCGCCGGGUCAUGGUAAUAGCACCAUGAACGACAAUGAUGACCACGGCGGCGACCAUGGCGCGAUGAGACGAUUUUCCCGUCGGCAUGGCGGAGUGGCCAUGGACGGGGAGGACAUGGACAUUGGUGCUCCAGACGUGAGCAGCGUGCUGCCAGCCAUCGCAGCCAAGAAGCCCCUGAAUGUGACGAGCUUUAUUGUCCCGAACGACUGGCAGAUCCAAUACAAUGGCAUGUGGGACUUUGAGACGAACGAGAACGGACACACUAUCUACAGCGUCGUCAUCGCCGCCGUAGCCGUCGCGCUCCCAGUCAUGGUGUCUCUGCUGCGCUUCCUGCCAACGAGCACGCGGACCUCUUACUUCUUUACCACGCUCAAAGCAGCCCUGAUCCAGCCCGCCGUGCUCGGCACCAAACAUCGCGAACCUGUCCUCGUCUCCGUCACUGGCGGCGCGAUCGCCCCAACCCGCGGACAGGCACUCUAUAUCCUGCUCAUCGGCCUGCUCAACAUAAUCUUCCUGCUGGGCCCCUACGUCGCCACACAUCCGCAAUCGACAUUCGUCUCCGUGCGCGCACAGUCGCUCAGCGUGAUUGGCAACCGCGCGGGGGUGAUGGCGAUGGGCAACGCCGUCGCGCUGUACACCUUUGCCAUGCGCAACAACCCGCUCGCGCUGGUCUUUGGUGGUGGUGGCGGGUCGUGGUCGAGGAGCACAUAUCUCCUCCUGCACCGCUGGCUGGGAUACUGGGUCAUCUUGCACACGGUGCUGCACUCGGUCCUGCUGCUGGCAUAUUACAAGCUGUUCGGCGCGUAUGAAGUCGAGCUGGUCAGGCAGUACUGGAUCUGGGGCAUCGUGGGCACCGUGGCGGUGUGCGCCAUCUUCCCGACGAGUCUGCUGGUCGUGCGGAGGAGAGCGUACGAGUUCUUUCUGACCUCGCAUGUCUUUCUGAGCUUGCUCUUCCUCGUGGGGUACUACUACCAUAUCUGGUACUGCUACGAGUACAAGUGGGGGUACGAGAUCUGGAUGUUUGUCGCGGCCGCGCUCUGGGCCAUGGAUUGGAUGGCGAGGAUGGCGAGGGUGCUCGUCAAGGGACGGGGCAUGAAACUUGCGACUGUCACUGUGGUGGGCGAGGAUUAUCUGCACAUCCGCGUCGACGGAGUAGGACUGGAAGACGGCGGGUUUGCGUACCUGUGCUUCCCGACGUUGAGCUGGAAGUUCUGGGAGGCUCAUCCGUUCUCAGUGGCCUACUCUACUCCUGCCAGCUCUGCUGGUCACGCGAGGAAUGAAGACGCGGCGAUUCAGGAGCACUCGCUGGCACAGGUCGCCGGAACAGAAAAGCUAGCCGACAAAGAUAUCUCGGCCGACACAGCAUCCUCGUCACCGCCAUCGUCCAUCACGAGCUCGACAUCGCAGCAAAAAGUAGCAACGCACUUCUUCGCCCGCACGCGCGCCGGCAUGACAGCACAGCUGGCCAAGCGCGUCGCCGCAAUCCCCGGCGAGGUUUUGCAGCUUAGGGUCCUAGUCGAGGGAGCCUACCACAGCGGAGCCCAGCCGGAGCAGGCCUUUCGAGGCUGCGAGCGUCUCGUGUGCAUUGCUGGAGGAGUCGGCGUCACGGCAGUCCUUCCGUAUCUGCAGGCUUUUACAAGGGAUAGUGCCAGUGGGCGCUUUGCAGACUUCUACUGGGGUCUUAGGCUGCCCGGACUGCUCGAGGCGCUGCAGCCGGAGCUCGACAAGAUCAACGACAAGGCCAAGAUCGAGACUGCUGUCGGAACACGGCUCGAUCUUGAGCAGAUCCUUCGGAAGGCGCUACUGCCUACGCAACCGAGCUCUUCUGGACAUCCGGACCAGUGUUUCAAGGGCAAGACGGUCGUAGGGACGGAAAGUGUCAACCAGGCUGAAAAGGCAGUAGAGCGUAAGCUCCCAGGAGACGGGCUGGUAGGCAUCGUCGUCUGUGGGCCACCGAGCAUGGCUGACGAUGUGCGGGCGAUUAUCUCGCGGCUUGCACGGCAGGAAACUAUGGUCAGGCCAUACAUUUUUGUCGAUGAAGCUUUCAGCUGGUGAAAAGCGACAUCGGACAAGCUUACCUUAGAUAUUCCUGAAGGUACCACGCCGUUUGUGCCCCGCAAGGGUCUCACAGAGUGGAUCCAUACUUCUAUGAGGACAAAAGAAACCCGUUAUUCUUUCGUUGAUGAGUUCUCGAUUUGUGCCUCAGGCAUCGUGGAGUCGUAGAUGAGGCACCUUGAA